CCUUCAUCCUUCUGCAUCCCUCCUCCAUCCCAGGCCCGGCGCCCGGGCGGGACCGGUCCUUUCAGCACCGCGGAGAGCGUCCGGGUGGCUCGGGGGGCCAGUGGGCGGGUGGCCCUGGUGGCCCAUGGCGAGCGUGGGGCAGGGCGAGAAGCAGCUGUUUGAGAAGUUCUGGAGGGGGACCUUCAAGGCUGUGGCCACGCCUAGGCCGGCCAGCAUCAUCGUCGCCAGCAUCACCGCGCGGAGGCCGCUCACCAGGAGCGAGACAUCCAGCUGCUUGUCGUACCCAGGAAAGGAUGGAAAUGCCACGGUCCUCAGCCAGAGCCCAGACCCGGGGACUUCCAGCACCAAUGGCGACUGUCACAGGGAAAAGGACAAUCAAGACCUUUCUUGCUCCAGAGGAUCCCAUGCCUCCACCAAUGAAUAUUCCACUCCACCACCUUCCUCCCGGGGCAAGAAGAAGAAAAAGAAAUCCACGCGGAAGAGGAGAAGGAGGUCUCCUUCCUACAGCCCUUCGCCAGUCAAGAAGAAGAAGAAGAAAAGCUCAAAAAAACGCAAGCGAAACAGUUCCUCCUCCAAGAAAAGAAGACACAGAUCUCAGAGCCGGCCCCGAAAAUCGCAUCGUCGGCAUCGCCACCAUGCCCGGUCCGACAGCUCCGAGUCCCGUUCCUCCAGCUGCUCCAGCAGCAGGCCCAGAGCCAGGUCACAGGAAGGAAGGCGGAAAUCCAGAAGGAGGCAUUCUCGCCACGGCUCCCGGGCCAUCCGAAAGGGAACCGUGAGCCCCAAGGCCCGUCCCGGCCAUCCCCGGACCCAAACCCUUCAGCUCUACGGUCUCUUCUCGGCCAAGGAUGUCAUCUCUCAGCCGGGGUUUUCCGCUGACCUCUUUACCAAAACAGCCAACCAGCCGGACACCCUCCCCGCCCCGGCCGGUGGAUCCCAAGAGUACGACUCAGGAAACGAUACGUCCUCGCCUCCCUCCACGCAGGCCAGCUCGUCCGGGUCGAAGGACGGCCGGGAGCCGAGGGUCAUCGGGAUCGCCCGCUCCAGCGGCCCGGGCACCUCCGGCCAGCGAAAGCCCGUCAACAGCGACAACGGUUCGGAUUCCGGACACUCCUUCACCACGUGUUCUUCGCGGACCAAGGGAUCCUCCGCGGACGCUCUCUCUCUGGACGCCCAAAGGCACCGUCAAAGACGGUUCUCGUCCCCGUGUCCCGGCUGCUCGGAGGAGAAGAGGGUCAAGUCACUCUCCUCGCCGGCCCGGUGCUCCUUGACGAGGUCCUCCCGCUCUUCCAGCCGCUCCUCCCCAUCCCCGCGUCACAGUUCCUCUCGCAGCAGAUCCGUCUCCUCCUCGGGGAAGAGGUCUUACUCCCGAUCAAGCAGUUACUCAUCCAGGCAGAGCCCAGAAAGCAGGAGUUCCAGAGCCCGGCGGAGUCCCAGUUACACCUGCUACAGUCCCACGAGGGAUCGAGAGCGAGAACACAAGUAUAGCUCUGGGGAGCAGGAUUCCCACCGGGAGCGGGAGAGGCGGAGGCGGCGUUCCUACUCCCCCAUGAGGAAACGCAGGCGAGACUCUCCCAGCCACCUGGAGGCCCGCCGCAUCACCAGUGCCCGGAAAAGGCCCAUCCCCUACUACCGGCCCAGCCCGUCGUCCUCGAGCAGCUCCAGCAGCUACAUGUCCUGGCCCAGCAGCCCGAGCCGCUCACCCAGCCGCGGUGGCGGUCGCAGCCGUCCCCGUGUGGGCCGCGGCCGCAGCCGGACCCCCGGAAGCAGCAGCAGCGGGGGCAGCAGCGACGGCAGCAGCGAUGACGGCCGUGCCAGCGGACGGACCCGGACCCGCAGCUAUGACAGCAUGGACAGCCAGGAGAGCACGGGGCGCUAGGAGGCCCUGCCCUCAAAGGACCCACCAUCCUCCAUCCUGUUCCCCCCACCCCGGCACCCUGGAAUCUCAGCAUCCCCCACUCCAUCCCAGACCCUGAGGGGCCCUUCACCCUGGCAGGCAGCAGACUGGUCCCCCAGGGGACAGGGAGACUGGCUGCAUCCUGUCCUGAUACCUGGCAGGAGGAGGAAGAAGGUGUACCCCCUGUCCCAGCUUUGGAUGCCCUAAGGUGGGCACUGCCCAGUGAGUCUACUCUCCCUCAGGAAGCAGGUUCCUGGGGGGAUGCAGGGUGGGCAUUGGAGAUUCCCCUGGGGGCUUUCUGCUCCCCCCCAGCUUCUCCCUCCUGCACCAUCCUUUUUACCCCCAAUCUCCCCGAGCCAGAGGAGGCCUCUGCCCUGCAGUUCCCCUGAUUCUGGUCUCCAUCCCUGGGGAAACCCCAGGAGAGGUAUAGAGGUGUCUGGGGUGAGGGCGGGGGGUUGGAUGAAGCGGAGACCAGCCAGGAGAUGUUCUCCUCCUCCUCCUCCUCCUCAUCCUCUUCCUCAUCCCCCUCAGAAGUCCCUCAGGUUCCAGGAGCCAGUAAGAUCGGGCCUCCCCGAGCCUCUCAGCCAGCAGGCACAGGGCAGUGCUGGGCAAGGCUCGUCAGUCAGUGGUCCCUCUGGUCCCAAAGAGGAAGGGGUCUCUGCUGCCCGAGAGAUUGCUUCCAUGGUUGUAGUCUCCUGGGGCCCAGCCUGGCGCUCAGCCUACCAGGAACCCUGCUAAGAGACCAGCCAGAAGCACUCCCCCCGCCACCCAAAGUCUGAGAUCUCUGAGCAUCCCUCGACUCCCUCAGUCUCCUAGACCCAGGCCCCACCUGGGCCAGCCCGGUCUUCUUGGCACAGACUUUCCCCGAGCGUCCCCCACCCUAGGCCCAAGUUUCCCAGCAACAGCACGGACAUAUCCCAACUGAGCUCCAAGGGAUGGGAAGGAAUCUCCCAGGAUUCCUAGGGUCCCUGGGAACCAAGGGAAAGAUGAGCAGAGCAUAAGUUUCCUAGGGUGUCACCAGAAACUGGGAGGUUGGGGCAGGGAGAAGAGCGAGCGAAUAAGUUCCAGAGAAACAACAUGGCCUAAUGAGAAG